AUGGAUGGAUUCAAUCAUUUGGAAGUGCCUGCCGAGUAUGAAGAGCUCAAAUGGCUCGAUACCCUGUUUGUCGCAGGGAUGGGCAUCGGUUGGCUUGCCUACUAUCUCAAUGCCACCUACACAUCUUUCACAGAUCAGACCUACUGCAUGACCGUUGCGGGGCUCACAAUCAACUUCGCGUGGGAGACUGUGUAUUGCCUAGUAUAUCCAGCCAAAGGGAUGAUCGAGCGCACCAUCUGCUUCCUAGGUCUGUUGCUCGAUAUUGCAGUCAUUUACGGCGCCAUCAGGAACGGCCGCAACGAAUGGCGCCACUCCCCGCUGGUGAUGAACAACCUGGUCCUCAGCUUUACAGUCAUGACUCUCUUCUGGGUGAGCGGACACUUGGCCCUGGCGGCUCAGCUGGGUCCUGGUCAGGCUUAUUCCUGGGGAGCUGUCGUCUGUCAGAUGUUCAUCAGUGUUGGUGAUGUGUUUCUGUUGCUGACUCGGGGCAGCACGCGUGGCGCUUCGUACACGAAAUGGCUCUCGCGGUUCCUAGGAUCUAUCUCGACUCUUGGCUUUGCUUCUAUUCGGUAUGUAUAUUGGCCACGUGCUUUCGCCUGGCUAAAUUGUCCCCUUAUGCUCUGGGCUGUUGCUGUCUUUUUUCUCUCCGAGCUACUCUACGGCUUUUGCUUUUUUCUCAUUCGGCGGCAGGAGGAAGCAUCUCGAUUGGAAGAGAAACGCAAAUGUGGAUAG